AUGUCUGAUUUUCCAGAACAGUUAGCUUCGCAGUCAUGGACGUUAUAUGGGAUCGGCAUGGUUGUCAUCGUCCUUCGCACAUUUGCACGAUGGCGUCGAGUCCGAGGCCUGAGCGGCUUUGCAGCAGAUGACUGGAUCAUGGUAACGGCUGUACCACUUUUUUACACCGGGCUGAUAGUAUGCCUAAACAUCAUCGCGACAGGAGGUGGAAGUAAUCUCUUCCCGCCAGAGCAGUUCUCCACAUUCACACGGGAAGAGAUCGACGAGCGAAUCAAAGGGUCCAAGAUCGUGGUUGUUUCCGAGCAAUGCAUGCUGAACGUCAUUUGGUCUUUGAAAGCCUGCAUGCUGUUCAUGUUUGCUCGCAUGUUGACCGGAACAACAAACAUGAAGUGGAUCAAAGCGACUGCAUUAUGGAUCGUUGUUGGCUGGUUCGGCGUCGAGAUUGCCUUUUUCAGUGCAUGCCGUCCGUUCGUAGGAUAUUGGGCAGUGCCGCCCCCAAACCCGCAAUGCACGACACUGGAGCACUUCGCGAUCGUACAGGCAACUUUCAAUUUAAGCAGCGAUGUCCUUAUCAUCGCUGUGCCGAUACCGAUGAUCAUGUCGCUUUCCCUCCCUCUGAAACAGAAGGUUGUGCUGGGCAUACUGUUUAGCAUGGGUACUUUUGUUAUCGUUGCAGCAAUUCUGACAAAGAUCUACAAUCUCUCAGAUGUAUAUGCCACGACAUACAUGCUGUGGUACACCCGUGAAGCUUCCGUUGCUGUCUACGUCGCCAAUCUCCCUGGUAUCUGGCCUCUUCUCCGCGAACACGUACGUUUCCUUCGUGAGCACACAGGGUCUUACGCCACCAGGCAAUCAAAACUGCCUGGAUACGGCUCACAAGGAUAUGGAAACAUGUUCAGAAGCAAGCACCAAAGCCGCGUGCGCACAUUUACCAAUUUCGGCUCGGAUGAUGUUGAACUCGCAUGUGAUAUAAAUCCAGGCGCGAAGUCGAUGCACACCUCCGAGAAGCAGAUACUGGGAAGUGAAAACCCGUUCAUGGGAGGGGAAGAUACUCAGGAACCCGAUGAGAUGCCAUCGGCGAUGGGAGUAGGGAGUGGUUGGAAGGGGAUGAAUGGUGUGGCUGGUAUGGGUGUACAAGUCGACACGGAGGUGGAGAUUCAGAGUGAUCGGUGGAUGGGAAGUCGACUGGAGUUGGCGCAGUCGAGGAUGGUACGGUGCGAAGGCCCUGGCGCGUAG